AUCUCAUCUCGUGGAUUCCUGAAAACAUCCGGAAGAAAGAGUGCAUGUACUUUGUUGAAAGCUCCCAGACAUCAGACUCUGGGAGGGUUGUGUGCGAGUGCGGCUACCUCAGGGAACAGCACAUAGAAGAUGCUGCCAAGCCUCCCAUCUUCCUGGGAAAGGAAUGGGACCCCAGCAGGCACAUCCAGGAAAUGCCGACAGAUGCCUUUGGUGAUAUCCGCUUCACAGGCCUGGGGCAGAAGAUGGGAAAGUACGUGCGUGUCUCCUCGGAUACGCCCCCACGGAUCAUCUACCACCUCAUGACACAGCACUGGGGCCUCGAUGCACCCAACCUCCUCAUCUCAGUCACUGGGGGAGCCAAAAACUUCAUCAUGAAGCCAAGGCUGAAGAAUAUCUUCCGGCAAGGGCUAGUCAAAGUGGCCCAGACCACCGGGGCUUGGAUCAUCACAGGGGGGACCCACACCGGUGUGAUGAAACAGGUGGGAGAGGCAGUGCGAGAAUUCAUCCUGAACAGCAACUACAAGGAGAGCGAGAUUGUCACCAUUGGCAUAGCCACCUGGGGGACCGUGUACAACCGGGACACCCUAAUCUGCCCCAUGGGUGGCUUUCCAGCUGAGUAUGCACUGGAUGAGGAGAACCAAGGGAGCCUGUCCUGCCUGGACAGCAACCACUCCCACUUCAUUCUGGUGGAUGAUGGGACCCAUGGGCGGUAUGGUGUGGAAAUUUCCCUGAGGACCAGGCUGGAGAAAUUCAUUUCUGAGCAGACCAAGGUGAAAGGAGGUGUUGCGAUCAAGAUCCCCAUCGUGUGUGUGGUGCUAGAAGGAGGCCCUGGGACACUCGAUACCAUCUACAAUGCCAUCAACAAUGGGACCCCCUGUGUGAUUGUGGAGGGGUCUGGCCGUGUGGCCGAUGUCAUUGCACAGGUGGCCAGCCUGCCUGUCCCCAAGAUAACUAUUGCCUUGAUCCAGAAGAAGCUGAGCGUGCUCUUCCACGACACCUACGAGUACUUCACUGAGGGCAAGCUGGUGGAGUGGACCAAGAAGAUCCAAGACAUAGUGCGGAGCCGGCAGCUCCUAACAAUUUUCAGAGAGGGCAAGUAUGGCCAGCAGGAUGUGGAUGUUGCCAUCCUGCAGGCCCUGCUCAAAGCAUCCCGAAACCGGGACCACUUUGGCCAUGAGAACUGGGACCACCAGCUGAAGUUAGCUGUGGCGUGGAACAGGGUGGACAUUGCUCGGAGUGAGAUCUUCACAGAUGACCAUGAGUGGAGGCCCACAGAUCUGCACCCUGUGAUGGCAGCUGCCCUGAUCUCCAACAAGCCAGAGUUUGUCAAGCUGUUCCUGGAGCAGGGAGUGCGUCUCAAGGAGUUUGUCACCUGGGAUGCCCUGGUUUACCUCUAUGACAACAUAGCACCGUCCUGCCUGUUCCACAGCAAGCUGCAGAAGGUCCUGCUGGAGGAGAAGGAGCACACAGCUGGCUCCAAAAUACCGAGACUCCAACUGCACCAUGUCUCGCAGGUGCUGCAGGAGCUGCUAGGCCGCUCCACGCAGCCCCUCUACCCUAAGCCCAAGCACACGGAGCGGCCCCGGCUGUCCAUCCCUGUUCCACACAUCAAGCUCAACGUCCAGGGGUCGAGCCUCCGGUCCCUCUACAAGCGCUCUGCCAACCGAGUCGCCUUCACCAUGGACCCAGUCCGUGACCUACUCAUCUGGGCUGUGGUCCAGAACCACAAGGAGCUGGCGGAAAUCAUCUGGACACAGAGCCAGGACUGCACAGUGGCUGCUCUGGCCUGUAGCAAGAUCCUGAAGGAGCUUGCCAAGGAAGAGGAAGACACAGACACCACUGAGGAAAUGCUGGCCCUGGCCGAGCAGUAUGAGCACAAAGCCAUUGGGGUGUUCACAGAGUGCUACCGCAAGGAUGAAGAGAGAGCCCAGAAGCUCCUCAUCCGUGUCUCUGAAGCCUGGGGGAAGACAACGUGUCUGCAGUUGGCACUGGAGGCCAAGAACAUGAAUUUUGUGUCUCAUGGGGGUGUGCAGGCCUUUCUAACCAAAGUCUGGUGGGGCAAGAUGUCUGUAGACAACGGGCUCUGGCGGGUGAUUGUGUGCAUGCUGUUCUUCCCAUUUCUCUACACCAGCCUCAUCACCUUCAGGGAGAAGAAGCUGCAGCCCAUGGGCUGCCUGACACGUUUCCGAGCCUUCUUCACAGCACCCGUCGUCAUCUUCCACAUGAACAUCCUGUCUUACUUCACCUUCCUCUUGCUCUUUGCCUACGUCCUGAUGGUUGACUUCCAGUCAUUGCCAUCCUGGCGGGAAUACCUCAUCUACUUCUGGCUCUUCUCCCUGGUGUGCGAGGAGACCCGCCAGCUGUUAUAUGACCCGGAUGGGUUUGGGAUCCUGAAAAUGGCUUCCCUGUACUUCAAGGACUUCUGGAAUAAGCUGGAUGUCUGCGCCAUUCUGGUCUUUAUCACAGGGCUGACUUGCAGGCUGAUCCCAUCAACUUUGUAUCCUGGGCGGAUCAUACUGUCGCUGGCUUUUACUAUUUUCUGCUUGCGUCUGAUGCACAUUUUCACAGUCAGUAAGACGCUGGGGCCCAAGAUCAUCAUUGUGAAACGCAUGAUGAAGGAUGUCUUCUUCUUCCUCUUCCUGCUAGCAGUGUGGGUGGUGUCUUUUGGGGUUGCCAAGCAGGCUAUCCUGAUCCACAAUGAGGAACGUGUGGAGUGGCUUUUCCGUGGAGUCGUGUACCACUCCUACCUGACCAUCUUUGGGCAAAUCCCCUCUUACAUCGAUGGGGUCAACUUUAACAUCGAUCAGUGCAGCCCCAAUGGGACCGACCCCUACAAGCCCAAGUGCCCAGAGACCAAUGAGGACAGCAAGGAGCCCAUCUUCCCAGAGUGGCUGACGGUCAUCUUACUGUGCCUGUACCUGCUCUUCACCAACAUCCUCCUCCUGAACCUCCUCAUCGCCAUGUUCAACUACACGUUUCAGCAGGUCCAGGAGCACACGGAUCAGAUCUGGAAGUUUCAGCGGCACGACCUCAUCGAGGAGUACCAUGGCCGCCCGCCUGCACCUCCCCCCUUCAUCCUCCUCAACCACCUGCAGCUCCUGGUCCGGCGGAGCCUGCUCCGCAGGCCAGCCACACGCCACAAGCAGCUCAAAGAGAAGCUGGAGAAGAAUGAAGAAGCUGCUCUCCUCUCCUGGGAGAUGUAUCUGAAGGAGAACUACCUGCAGCACCAGCAGUGCCAGGAGAAGCAGAACACAGAGCAGAAGAUCCGAGACAUUGCACAGAGAGUUGAUGUACUGGCAGACCUGCUGGACUUGGAUCGAGUGAAGAGAACAGGGCUGGUGGAGCAGAGACUGGUCGCCCUGGAAGAGCAGAUGCAUCAGAGCGCUAAAGCCUUGAACUGGAUGAUGCAGGCCCUACACGGGAAUGGCUUCGGUUUAGACAAGGACAUGCCACCCUUGGUCUCCAGCAAAGCCUCAGAGACAAGGGAGUUUGACCUGGAGGAGAAAACUGAGGAGAUGAAGCCCCCAUACCACGUGCUUGCUCGAAACCUCCUAUAUCCAGGGUCUCACACUAUCCGCUUCCCUGUGCCGGAUGAGAAGGUGCCGUGGGAGGUGGAGUUCCCGCUCUACAGCCCUCUCUCCUACUCAGCCAACCACAAGGACAUGGCUGUGCAGGACCCAUUCAGCCCGUCCUUGGAGUCUCUCCUGAAGAUCAAUUACAAUGCCAUGGAUGGGAUGAUCAACCGGCAAAGCUUCCACGGCCUCUACACAGUGCAGGAUGGGCUGCCACUGAAUCCCAUGGGCAGGACAGGGCUACGAGGCCGCGGGAGCCUGCACUGCUUUGGACCCAACCAUGCCCUGCACCCAGUUGUGACCCGAUGGAGGAGGAAUUCGGAUGGAUCCAUUAUCAGGAAGAGCUUGAAGAAGAUGCUGGAAGUCUUAGUUGCCCAGUACCCCCUGUCAGAUGUCUGGGCUCUGCCUGGGGGGUCACUGGAGCCAGGUGAGAUGCUGCCACUGAAGCUCAAGUGGAUCCUGCGCCGGGAGUUCUGGCCCCAAUUCCAGAACCUGUUGAAACACGGCACAGAGAUACACAAGGGGUACCUCGACGACCCCCGCAACACAGACAAUGCCUGGGUCGAGACUGUUGCCAUCAGCGUGCAUUUUGAUGACCAGAACGAUGUGGAGAUGAAGCGGAUGAAUUCGUUCCUCCAAGGCUGUGACCCAGAGCUGUGCAUCCGCUGGCAGGUGCUGGACAAGAGGAUGCCUCUGCAUGCCAACCACAAGGAGCUCCUGCACAAGGUCUCAGCCCUCCUAGGCUCCUACUUCUGAGUCCUCGAGCACAGGCCAGGACUCCUGCUGUGCUGGACCAGGAUGCUGUUUGGGACUUGCAGCUCUGCCCCCAGGUCCCCUGUGAGGCCAUGGGCAGCUGCUGGAGACAAGGUUUCUUAUGGUACUUUGGGUCCCUUCAUGAAUGUACAUCUCAGGUCUCUGGGAGGAGAAAUGCCCCUCCCCCACUAUGGUAUACUGCAGCCACCAAGCUCCUGGGGGCAGGGGCUGUCUGGGCUGUGCCCAUGCAGCAUGCUGGUCACUGCUGGGGCAGGAAUCCCAUGGCCCCACCCUUUGAAGGGGCAGAGCUCAGCCCCAGCCUGUCUCUUGGUGCUGCCACAUCAGCCAAGUCACUAGCCCAGGGCCUGGGGGCAAGCAGACUCGCAGGACUGUUCCUGCAAGGAUUCCCUUCUCUGAGCUCCCUCUGUGGUGCCAGCACCGGAGAUCUUCCUGCCCCAGCUCCCUCUCCACCCAGGGCAUUCAUCAGGCAUUUUUGUUCCCUUGCCAUGCCCCAUUGCCAUGGCUCCAUUUCCAGCCAACCCACACCCAGCAACAUGGUCCCAAGCUGUGAUCCAGUGCUUCUCGUGAAGGUGUGAGUGCCUCGUGGCUUAUAUACUUACAGCUUCAUACCUUCACACAGGUCCCCGCACAUCCCAUACUGUUACUUGACUGUGCCCGAGUACGCCAAGUGCCAUGCUGUAGCUGAACUCCUUCCCUCUGUGCAAGCCAAAGCACCAAUGUCCUGUGCUAAAUGUCACCUGCCUGCCCCAUCCCCUUGCACACAUGAAGGGAAAGGGACAGCUUGCUGGGACACAGGUGGUCCAUGCUCUGUGGCCCCUUGGGCAAGUAGGGACCAGAGUGAGGAGGUUAGUGGGGCCAUUUCAGACAUCUCUGCUCUUAAGGGGUCCUUCACUUAUCUUUUCUGUUGCCUGGUGCAGGGAGAACAAGGCACAGUGGGGACAGUAUUCAGGGGCUCUUGAUAACCCCAGAACAGUCCCAUGGUGUCUUAUUAUGACUGGACUGCCCAGGGAGGGCUUUUCAUUCCCCUGAAUCCUCCCAAUGGAUGGGACGUUGCCCAGCCGGAGCUGCGCUUCCCACACUGGUGAUCAUCACAGCACAACUGCAGCUUCACUGGUGAUGCACUGGGGCUCAGCAAGAGGGUCAGACUGGCAAUUUAGUCAACCCAGCUCAAUAAACUAUGUAUUAAAUAAUUAAA